AUGACCAUCGAGGAUGAAGACAUACGCGACAGGGACUUUUGGUUAGAAGUGUCGAGGUAUUGGUAUUCCAAGGCUAUGGACAAGGCGCCCACUACCGGGAGGCUUUACCAUCACCUGGCGAUUCUUGCGAGGCUACCGUACCGCACUCGUGGCAGUGCAACCGCUGCCGGUGCCACGUCGACUGGCGGCCACGGACAGCAAGCCCGGCUCGACGAGCCGGGCUACGCCGCGGCCCACGGGUCCCAACAGCAGCACGCUGCUGCUUCUUCGCAUGGACAGCAAGGCCGUUCAUUCGGAGCCACUGAACCUAAGCCGCCUGUGGACGAUGUUCUUCUGGGCAUCGGUGCACAGUUCGAUGCGUACCGUGGCGGAUGUUAUUAA